CGCAAACCCAGACUCACAUGGUCCUCGACCCGAAGACAAUGUUAAUGUUAACAUUUCUGACGGCCGUUCCAACGACAACGAGCCCGAUGACCACAUCCAAGGAGGCCAUCAUGCCGGGUGAUGCUACCGACUCGAACAACACAUAUGAUGUCUUCUAUGCUCACCCCAUGACUGUUGAACAACCUCCCGCAUACUUGACCUCGAGUGCAGUUUACCCCCUCGAGCGUAUUCCCUCAAACUCCAUCGAAUUCCAAAGCUAG